CUCUCUCUCAGUCUCUCUGACCCCCAAGAUUCCUCUGCUCCUCCAUCUCCAUGGCUGUCGCCGGCUUGCCGUGCUUCCCGCUCUCUGCCGCCGCCGCCGCCCCAGCUGUGCGGCUGGCCGCGAGGCCAAACCGGCAGCGACCACCCCGACGAUGGACGGGUGCCGCACCGUCAGCAGACCGUGGGGAGAUGGGCAACGACGACGGUGGUGGUGAGGCGUUGCCGCCAGGUCGGUCCGUCGUCGUGACGACUACAAAGCCCGCCGCAGCAGAACUUUCUGUGAAGGGGACAUCGCCUUCGCUUAUUCGGUCAUUGGAUACUAAAAUGUGUGAUGUUUGUGUGGCAUAUCAGGGAUCACCUGGUACGGUCAUUGAGGCAUUUGUGCUUAAAGCUUUCCCAGAAUGUACAACAGUUCCCCUCCAAAGGUCUGAAGCUGCGCUUGAGGCUGUCGAGUCUUCACUUGCUGACAUAGCUAUUCUUCCUAUCGAAAAUGCAUACACCGGAAGCUUCCAUAAGAGCUAUGACAUACUUCUUAGUCAUGAUUUGCAAAUUGUGCAAGAAGUACAAAUGGAUGUAGAGCUAUGUCUUCUUGCUUUACCUGGAGUGCAUAAGGAUGAUUUGAAGACAAUUUUCAGCCAUCCACAGUAUCUUGCUCAAUGCGAACAUUCCAUUUCUGGUUUGAGUGUUUCAAAGAAAAACGUGGAUCAUGGAGUUGUUGGUGCUGAGAUUAUAUCAAAGCAGAAUUUAAGGGAUUCUGGAGUUAUAUGCAGUGCUCGAGCAGCAGAAUUGUAUGGGCUUAACAUCUUAGAAUGCAACUUUCAGGAUGAAUCACCCAAUGUCACAAGGUACCUAGUAUUGGCAAAAACUGCUAACCUUCCCAAAGAACACGACCAAUACAAGACAAGCGUUGUUUUCGGUCUCGAAGAAGGGCCUGGAGCACUUUGCAAAGCUUUAGGGUCAUUCUGGAAGAGGGGUAUAAAUUUGACAAAGAUUGAGAGCAGGCCAAACAGAGGCAAGCCAAUGAGGAUUCGUGGAACUGAAAAGCUCUUCAAUUACAUUUUCUACGUCGAUUUCGAAGCAUCGAUGACGGAUGUCCGCGCGCAAAAUGCAUUGAAGGGUCUCGAGGAAGUUGCAAGUUUCCUGCGUGUCCUUGGCUGCUACCCGUGCAGCACGACAACGAUCUGAGCUGCCGCGUCAAGCCGUCUGUCUCUCGGUUGCUCCGCCUCGGAAGACUAGAGUGCGAGAUGGUUGUUGUUUCAACUCGAGUUAGCGAUGAAUAAAUACUUUUGUUCCGAUGACAUCUCGGCUGUAGCUCCAUGUUGAAAUGACGAGCACCGCCAGUGUUCUGCGCAAGUAGGUGUACUGUAACGAGUGAUCGGACCCUGAUUACUGCUGUCAGAUUCACUGUAUCGAGCAAUCGCACCUUGAUUCC